AUGGCCCGGUCACGACAGGGUCUGCGGUUCCUUGGAGCCUGCCUCCUCCAGCUGGCAGCCCUCACUUCAGCCAGCCCGAUCCAAGCCAACGCCAACGCUAACGCAGGCAACGCCGCCCUCGCCGUUGACAAGCGCGACGAAAUCAUCGUCUCAACCACCACCGUCUGGAUCCCCCCGGCCACAGUAACCGUCAACCCCAACGACCCUACCAUCACCCGCGAAGCCGGCUGGACCUCCACCGCGGCCCCGCCCGCCUUCACCAGCACGGUGACCUCCUCUUGCAUCACCUACAACUACAGCUACCCCCCAGACAAGUGGACCACCACCACCACCACCAUCACCGCCACCGCCCAAAGCACCGUCACCGUCACCAACCUCACCCGCGCCCCGCAAACCCAGUACUUCUUCCACACCCCGACCAUCACCGUCACCACCCCGACAGCAACCUACGUCUCCUACCACUGCCUCAACACCCUCGUCGUGCAGUACGCCGACUGGGAGUACCUCACCUGGACCUGGUCCAACUGGGAGCACAUCGCGACCACCACAGGUCUCUGCCUGACAACCUCCACGCGCUCCACCACUAUCCCGGGCGUUACGGGUCUGCCCACAUCGACCAAAUCCCUCGAGGACUGGGAGUACUUCAGUGAACCCGGUGUGUCGGUCGAGACGAAGAACACUGUGGCCAUCGCUACGGAUGUCACUUCCAUCAUCCCGGGCACGUCGACGUAUACCUCCUGCAAGGGCAACCCGUCGCCGGAGACCACAACCACCAUCACCGUUACCCAGCGUAAGACAGUCACCGACACCAUCACGCGGACCGAGAAGUGCGCUGUUGGCGUGGAGCAACGGCAGAGCGGGGACCACGGCGAGGGCGAAGGGUCGCAGGUGUACCCGCCGGUGAGCUCGUACACGACGGUGUACACCACGGUGACGGUGAUUGAUAAUGUGGUGUCGACGUUGACGGGCACGGCGGUGGUGGAUAUUGAUACGCAGCUGUUCCCUGUGACGCGGAUUGCGUAUGUGACGAAGCCGGCUACGGGGACGGUUACGGUUACGGCGACUACCACGGUGUGUGCUAAGGCGUAG